AUGAGUGACUUUAACUCUUCUCUAAACUUGGAAGACAGCUCAGCAGGUUCAUCAAACAUUACUACUGGUAUGCAGGAUUUCAAAGAAUGUGUUGAAGAGAUUGAAGUUAUGGACAUUAACAAUUUUGGUUUGCAUUACACAUGGAGUCAGAAACCUAAACGCAGGACAUGUCUUCUUAAGAAGAUUGAUCGUGUUACGGGCAACAUGAAAUUUAUCGAUGAUUUCUCUGCUGCGUGUGCAUUAUUUCAGCCUUAUAGAAUAUCAGAUCAUUCUCCGUGUGUGUUAAAAUUGCCAUCUAUAUCAAGAGCUAAGCCAAAACCGUUUAAAUUUCCAAACUUUCUUAUUCAUAAGGAUGGUUUUCUUGAGGCUGUGAAAAAGGAAUGGGAAACUGAAAUGGCUGGACAUUUUAUGUUUCUGGUCACACAAAAAUUAAAAGCAAUAAAGAGACCCAUGCGUAAAAUGCUUCAAAACAUGGGAAAUCUGCAUGCUCGUGUUGAUAUGCUAUGUGCAAAAUUAGAUGUUGCCCAAAUAUCUAUUGACCAUGAUCCUUUUGAUCCGCUCUUACAUGAACAUGAAGUUGUUUGCCUCAAAGAUUUUCAUCAAGCUCGGUUAGAUGAGGAAAGGUUCCUAAAACAGAAGGCGAAGAUUGAAUGGUUAGAGGUUGGGGAUGCAAAUUCGGCAUUCUUUCAUAGAUCCCAGAAGUGUAAAAAUCAUAGAAGCAGAAUUGAAGUCAUAAAGGAUAUGAAUGGAGUGCUUCAUGAGGGAGGAGAUGCUCCGCUGGCAUUAGUACAUUACAAAAAUUUCCUUGGCAUGGAGGAUACAAAUUCUCUUGCUUUCCCCUAUGAUAUCUUCCAAAGAACAUUAAGUCAAAGUCGUGCCAACUCUAUGGUGAGAUCUAUUUUGGAUGAUGAAAUUCGCAUAGCCAUGUUUCAUAUUGGAGAAGACAAAGCACCGGGACCAGAUGGUUACACGUCAGCGUCUUUCAAAGGUGCCUGGGACGUGGUUGGAUCAUGA